AAUUUUCAAGCCUUUCUAUGGCCUUACCCUGACCUUUUGGAGGUGAGGGUGUCAUUUAGCAGUAUAUAUAUACCUAAGCCUAACCUAAACAUAAUUGAUCCUUUACUGCUAAAUCUAACCCUGAGCCUUUACAUCCAAGUCCUCACUUUACAAGUAAAAUGAGUGAACAAUGUUCUCGCUGAGCUGAUAGAGAGAGAGAGUUCCAUUGCUAAACAAGAGCUUCUAGACAGAGACGACCUGCAGUAGUAACAUCACUUAAACACAAAUUGUUUGGGUUGCAACUGAAAUUUAAUUCAUCCACAUGUGUAUCCCCUUUUCAUGUGUCUCUCCAACAGUUGUGCUCACUUCCUGUGACUUUAAUCAGGACAGCCACCCAUUCUGCAGCUUCACCCAGGACACCUCAGAUAACAGUGACUGGACCCGACAUAAGGGUCCAACUCCAACAACCGGUACUGGCCCCAGCGGAGACUACCCUGAUGGAAGUGGCUACUAUAUAUAUCAUGAGUGUGACAAUGUGUCUAAUGGACAAAAAGCCCGUCUGCUGAGCCCUGCCAUCUUCUCACCAGCAUCUAAGAGCUGUGUUCAGUUUCGGUACUACAUGUAUGGGUCCGACAGUCAAAAUGUCUUGCGGGUUUUGUCAAAAACAUCCAGCACUGAGGAGGAGGUCUGGAAAAAAACAGGUUUUCAGAGUCCAUCCUGGUUGGAAGGUGCCGUGACUGUGCUCAAGCCAAGCAGUCAGAGUCUCACUAUUGUAUUUGAGGCAGAAAGGGGCUUCUCUUCAUCCUGUGACUCAGCUUUGGACAAUAUAGUCAUUACUGAUGGAGAAUGUCCUGCUUGUGAAUCUGGUUGCGAUUUUGACACUAUUGAUGAUCUGUGUGGGUGGACAGUUCACAAUGAGAAUCCUGCAGUGUUCGGUUUUACUCAGUGGACUGGCUCAACAGAAACAGAGGGCACUGGACCUGAGGAUGACUUCUCUACACCUGGAUUUGGAAUGUAUAUGUUGCUCGAUUCCUUUGAUGCUAUCCCUGGAGAGAGUUCUCAGAUCAGAAGUCCUGUAAUACCAUCAUCUUCUGGAUGUUUGGAACUCAGCUUCCAUUACUACCUAUAUGGUACCAGCAACACUAUGGAGCUCAGUGUCCACACUAUCACAGCAGACGGAAGCCUUGGACCUGCUCUCUUUAGUGUAAAGGGGAAUAAGGGUAAGGGCUGGAAGCCUGCAAAGGUCCCCCUCAAGGGAACAGCUGAUGCUCAGUUCGCAAUUGUCGGCAUCUAUGGUGAAACUCCUGAGACAGACAUUGCGGUUGAUGCUGUGUGUAUUAAGACCUGCACUGCUCAGUCAACAACCCCUGAACCACCAACUCAUGGACCAACGACUCCCACACCACCAACUCAUGGACCGACGACUCCCACACCACCAACUCAUGGACCAACAACUCCUAAACCUCCAACUCACGGGCCAACGACUCCCAAACCACUAACUCAUGAGCCAACGACUUCUAAACCUCCAACUAAUGGAUCAACGACUCCUAAACCACCAACUCAUGGUCCAACGACACCUAAACCACCAACUCAUGAACCAACGACUCCUACACCUCCAACUCAUGGGCCAACGACUCCUAAACCACCUACUCCUGAUCCCUGUCCACCUAAUGCAGAGUAUAUAGACUGUGGUCCAGCUUGUAUUCCAACAUGCAUGGAACCUUCCACCAACUGUUCUGGGUCCUGUAUCAGUGGUUGUUUCUGUAAACCUGGAUUUGUCUUCAAGGGACGGCGGUGUGUUCCACUAGAUAAAUGUGGCUGUCUGGAUGAUGACAAUAACUAUUAUGAGCCUGGUGAGAUCGUAUCAGGAGAUGGAUGCACAAAGCUGUGCCGCUGUUUGGGGAACUACACUUUUCAAUGUGUUGAUAACUCCUGUGAUCCAACUGAAGAGUGUCGAGAGGUUAAUGGUGUUUCUAGCUGCUAUCCUAAAGGUACAUCAACAUGCAUAGCAUCUGGAGAUCCUCACUACACAUCCUUCGACAAACACAAAUACAACUUCAUGGGCAACUGCAGCUAUCUGAUGUCUGCACCCUGCAAUGACACUAGUCUGCCAUACUUUGAGGUCCAUGCAGACAAUGAAAACAGAUAUAACAGACCCACCAUUUCCUAUGUCAAGGCUGUACAUGUAUAUGUGUUCAUGAUGAAGAUCUCCAUUAUCAAAGGUGGCACUGUGCAGGUGAAUGGGACCAAUGUUAAUCUUCCAGUGAAUCCAGCCCCUGGCAUUUCUGUCUUCAAGUCAGGAAAACAUUACACCUUGUCCACAAACUUUGGCUUAACUGUUCGCUAUGAUGGAAACCACUUCAUGGACAUUAAAGUGAUCAAGGACUAUGAGGAUAAAUUGUGUGGACUGUGUGGAAAUUAUAAUGGAAAUACUAAAGAUGACUUCCGUAAACCAGAUGGAACCUUGACAAGCAAUGCAGAUGACUUCGGGCACAGCUGGAACACUGAUCCAGAGUGUAAUAAGAAACCUAACACCACUAUUCCUGGAUGUGAUCAAGAAGAGGAGGAGCUAUAUGAGAGCUCUGGAUACUGCGGGAUCCUGCUGGACAAGAAUGGACCCUUCGCUGCGUGUCAUCCCAAAGUCAACCCAAAUAAUUACUUCAGGGACUGUGUGUUUGACUUAUGUGAAUUGGAUGGAGCCAAACCCAUUCUAUGUGAAGCUAUUGAGGCCUACGUCAAUGAGUGCCAGGACCGUGGGGUUAACAUCGGACCCUGGAGGAAUGACACAUUUUGCCCACUGAACUGCCCUUCUAACAGCCACUAUGAGCCCUGUGCUGACCCAUGUCAAGAGACAUGCUCGGGAAAACCUUCCUCCUGUAGUGGACCAUGCUCUGAGGCGUGUGUGUGUGACCCUGGUUAUGUCCUAAGUGCUGGCAAAUGUGUCCAGAAGAAUACUUGUGGCUGCACAUACACAAAUGGCCAGUAUUACCAGCCUGGAGAGGAGUUUUAUGUGGAGGACUGUAGGCUGAAAUGCAGGUGUGAUGCACCAUUUGUUACCUGUGAAGCUUCCGAGUGUCCUCCAAUGCAUGAGUGCAAAGUCCAGGAUGGAGAUUUAGGCUGCUAUCCCAAACCCUGUCCACCUAAUGCAGAGUAUAUAGACUGUGGUCCAGCUUGUAUUCCAACAUGCAUGGAACCUUCCACCAACUGUUCUGGGUCCUGUAUCAGUGGUUGUUUCUGUAAACCUGGAUUUGUCUUCAAGGGACGGCGGUGUGUUCCACUAGAUAAAUGUGGCUGUCUGGAUGAUGACAAUAACUAUUAUGAGCCUGGUGAGGUCGUAUCAGGAGAUGGAUGCACAAAGCUGUGCCGCUGUUUGGGGAACUACACUUUUCAAUGUGUUGAUAACUCCUGUGAUCCAACUGAAGAGUGUCGAGAGGUUAAUGGUGUUUCUAGCUGCUAUCCUAAAGGUACAUCAACAUGCAUAGCAUCUGGAGAUCCUCACUACACAACCUUUGACAAACACAAAUACAACUUCAUGGGCAACUGCAGCUAUCUGAUGUCUGCACCCUGCAAUGACACAAGUCUGCCAUACUUUGAGGUCCAUGCAGACAAUGAAAACAGAUAUAACAGACCCACCAUCUCCUAUGUCAAGGCUGUACAUGUAUAUGUGUUCAUGAUGAAGAUAUCCAUUCUCAAAGGUGGAACUGUGCAGGUGAAUGGGACCAAUGUUAAUCUUCCAGUGAAUCCAGCCCCUGGCAUUUCUGUCUUUAAGUCAGGAAAACAUUACACCUUGUCCACAAACUUUGGCUUAACUGUUCGCUAUGAUGGAAACCAUUUCAUGGACAUUAAAGUGAUCAAGGACUAUGAGGAUAAACUGUGUGGACUGUGCGGAGAUUAUGAUGGAAAUACUAAAGACGACUUCCGUAAACCAGAUGGAAACUUGACAAGCAAUGCAAAUGAUUUUGGGCACAGCUGGAACACUGAUCCAGAGUGUAAUAAGAAACCUAACACCACUAUUCCUGGAUGUGAUCAAGAAGAGGAGGAGCUAUAUGAGAGCUCUGGAUACUGCGGGAUCCUGCUGGACAAGAAUGGACCCUUCGCUGCGUGUCAUCCCAAAGUCAACCCAAAUAAUUACUUCAGGGACUGUGUGUUUGACUUAUGUGAAUUGGAUGGAGCCAAACCCAUUCUAUGUGAAGCUAUUGAGGCCUACGUCAAUGAGUGCCAGGACCGUGGGGUUAACAUCGGACCCUGGAGGAAUGACACAUUUUGCCCACUGAACUGCCCUUCUAACAGCCACUAUGAGCCCUGUGCUGACCCAUGUCAAGAGACAUGCUCGGGAAAACCUUCCUCCUGUAGUGGACCAUGCUCUGAGGCGUGUGUGUGUGACCCUGGUUAUGUCCUAAGUGCUGGCAAAUGUGUCCAGAAGAAUACUUGUGGCUGCACAUACACAAAUGGCCAGUAUUACCAGCCUGGAGAGGAGUUUUAUGUGGAGGACUGUAGGCUGAAAUGCAGGUGUGAUGCACCAUUUGUUACCUGUGAAGCUUCCGAGUGUCCUCCAAUGCAUGAGUGCAAAGUCCAGGAUGGAGAUUUAGGCUGCUAUCCCAAACCCUGUCCACCUAAUGCAGAGUAUAUAGACUGUGGUCCAGCUUGUAUUCCAACAUGCAUGGAACCUUCCACCAACUGUUCUGGGUCCUGUAUCAGUGGUUGUUUCUGUAAACCUGGAUUUGUCUUCAAGGGACGGCGGUGUGUUCCACUAGAUAAAUGUGGCUGUCUGGAUGAUGACAAUAACUAUUAUGAGCCUGGUGAGGUCGUAUCAGGAGAUGGAUGCACAAAGCUGUGCCGCUGUUUGGGGAACUACACUUUUCAAUGUGUUGAUAACUCCUGUGAUCCAACUGAAGAGUGUCGAGAGGUUAAUGGUGUUUCUAGCUGCUAUCCUAAAGGUACAUCAACAUGCAUAGCAUCUGGAGAUCCUCACUACACAACCUUUGACAAACACAAAUACAACUUCAUGGGCAACUGCAGCUAUCUGAUGUCUGCACCCUGCAAUGACACAAGUCUGCCAUACUUUGAGGUCCAUGCAGACAAUGAAAACAGAUAUAACAGACCCACCAUCUCCUAUGUCAAGGCUGUACAUGUAUAUGUGUUCAUGAUGAAGAUAUCCAUUCUCAAAGGUGGAACUGUGCAGGUGAAUGGGACCAAUGUUAAUCUUCCAGUGAAUCCAGCCCCUGGCAUUUCUGUCUUUAAGUCAGGAAAACAUUACACCUUGUCCACAAACUUUGGCUUAACUGUUCGCUAUGAUGGAAACCAUUUCAUGGACAUUAAAGUGAUCAAGGACUAUGAGGAUAAACUGUGUGGACUGUGCGGAGAUUAUGAUGGAAAUACUAAAGACGACUUCCGUAAACCAGAUGGAAACUUGACAAGCAAUGCAAAUGAUUUUGGGCACAGCUGGAACACUGAUCCAGAGUGUAAUAAGAAACCUAACACCACUAUUCCUGGAUGUGAUCAAGAAGAGGAGGAGCUAUAUGAGAGCUCUGGAUACUGCGGGAUCCUGCUGGACAAGAAUGGACCCUUCGCUGCGUGUCAUCCCAAAGUCAACCCAAAUAAUUACUUCAGGGACUGUGUGUUUGACUUAUGUGAAUUGGAUGGAGCCAAACCCAUUCUAUGUGAAGCUAUUGAGGCCUACGUCAAUGAGUGCCAGGACCGUGGGGUUAACAUCGGACCCUGGAGGAAUGACACAUUUUGCCCACUGAACUGCCCUCCUAACAGCCACUAUGAGCCCUGUGCUGACCCAUGUCAAGAGACAUGCUCGGGAAAACCUUCCUCCUGUAGUGGACCAUGCUCUGAGGCGUGUGUGUGUGACCCUGGUUAUGUCCUAAGUGCUGGCAAAUGUGUCCAGAAGAAUACUUGUGGCUGCACAUACACAAAUGGCCAGUAUUACCAGCCUGGAGAAGAGUUUUAUGUGGAGAAUUGUAAGCUGAAAUGCAGAUGUGAUGCGUCAUUAAUAACCUGUGAGGUUGCAGAGUGUCCCCCAGUGCAUGAGUGUAAAGUCCAGGAUGGCGAUCUUGGCUGCUAUCCCACUGGUUCUCAGGACUGUGUGGUUUCUGGGGAUCCUCACUACAACACCUUUGACAAGAAGUUCUACAGCUUUAUGGGAACAUGCACAUACACUCUGGCCAGAACAUGCAAGAACAACACAGGUCCUUGGUUCUCUGUGGAGGCGAAGAAUGAAGAGAGAGGAGCACCAGGCUUGUCCUACCUUAGAAAACUCUACGUCACUGUGAAUGGAAUCACUGUCAUCUUGAUGAAGGCCAGAAGAACUCUGGUCAACGGUGUACGCGUGGCUCUCCCUCACUCCCCCUCUCCUCUCAUGUCCAUCACUCUUGCUGGUCAGUACGUCACCUUGGAGACAUCUUUUGGCCUGCGUGUGCGUUGGGAUGGAAAUCAUUAUGCCCAGAUCUCAGUACCUAGUACCUACUAUGACCAGAUGUGUGGUCUCUGUGGUGACUAUGAUGGGAACCCAGGCAAUGAAUUCACCAAACCAGAUGGCACCCUGGUACCAAAUGUUAAUGACUUUGGAAACAGCUGGAAGACAGAAGAAGAUGAGGAUGACUCGUGUACCCCAGGCACAAAGCCGGACCCAGACUGUGAGCCCAGUCUUGAGGCUGAACUGGUGAAACCAGACAAAUGUGGCAAAAUAAAAGACCCUGCUGGACCAUUCAGGGACUGUGUCAGUGUCGUAGAACCUACCCCAUUUUUCCAAAGUUGUGUUUUUGACAUGUGCCAGUUGAACAGCCAGCAGCAUGUACUGUGUGACCAGCUGCAAGCUUACACUGAUGCGUGCCACAGUGCUGGAGCCAAGGUCCACCAGUGGAGGACACCAGAUUUCUGUUCCCUGGCCUGUCCCCCUGACAGCUCAUACUCCCUGUGCGUGAGCUCGUGUCCUGAAACUUGUCUAGGUGUGGUCGGUCCAUCUGGCUGUGAAGAUGUGUGUGUAGAGGGUUGUGAGUGUAACCCAGGCUUCAUCCUUAGCGAUGACAAAUGUGUUGCGUUAAAAGACUGUGGCUGUGUGGACACCAAUGGGAAUUACCAUCCUGUGGGGGAUGACUGGUAUUUGGAGGGUUGUGAGCAGAAGUGUGAGUGUCAGGGUGGAGGUUUGAUCAAAUGCCAGAACACUAGUUGUAGACCAACCACUGAGAGCUGCCAGCUACAUGAUGGACAGUAUGAAUGCCGUCCUGUCGGAAAUGGUAUCUGCUCAGUGUCUGGAGAUCCUCACUACACUACCUUUGAUAAGCACACCCACCAUUACAUGGGAGCGUGCUCCUACACGCUAACCAAACCCUGUAACAUCUCUUCUGGGUUGCCGUACUUCACUGUGGACUCCCAGAAUGAGCGCAGAGGAAGUAACAAGAAAGUUUCCUAUGUCAGAGCUGUGGUGAUCAAUGUGAAUGAAGUGACUGUCAUCCUUGGCAAGGGCCGUAAAGUCCAGGUCAAUGGAAGUGCAGUCGUCACACCCAUCACCUCCAUCAGUGGGGUUCAUAUCUACCUGAGUGGAAAGUUUGUAGUUCUGGAAACAUCUUUUGGCCUCAGGGUCCGAUUUGAUGGAAAUCACCACGCAGAUGUAACCGUACCAACUUCUUACAGAGGCCUACUCUGUGGCAUGUGUGGAAAUUUUAACGGAGACUCCAAAGAUGACAACCUGAAACCAGAUAACACAGCAGCUUCUGACACAACUGACCUAGGUGACAGCUGGCAGGUGCCUGACCCACGGCCUGACUGCACUAACGGUGGGGGACAGGAGGACUGUGACAAAGAGGUGGAGGAAGAGGCCCAGAAGCCCACCAGCUGUGGAAUGAUCACUGACCCCAAUGGAAUCUUUAAGCCAUGCUACUCUGUUGUCCCGCCUGAAUCCUUUUUUGGAAACUGUGUGUACGACAUGUGUUCCAAUGGAGGCCAGACUGUGGCUCUGUGCCAGGCUAUAGAAAGCUACGCUGACAUAUGUGCUGUUGCAGGAGUCCCGAUCUUUUGGAGAAACAACACCUUCUGUCCACUGAAGUGCCCCUCAGGCAGUCAUUAUGAGCAAUGUGUCCCUGCCUGCCCUCAGCCCAGCUGUCAGGACCCUGCAGGUCCUGGUGGUUCCUGCAGCCUGCCCUGUGUGGAGGGUUGCGUCUGUAACCAUGGACUGGUCCUCAGUGGAGACAAAUGUGUCCAACUCAGUGAGUGUGGAUGUACAGAUGAAGAUGGAAAAUACAAACCGAUAGGAGACACUUGGUUCACAAAGGCUGACUGUUCGGAACGUUGUAAAUGUAACGGGAAUCACAACAUCACUUGUGAGCCGUGGCAGUGCAGUCCUGCACAGGAGUGCAAUGUGGUAGAAGGAGUGCUUGGCUGCCACUCUACAGGUAAAGGACUGUGUCAUGUAGCUGGGGAUCCACACUAUUACACCUUUGACGGUGUGAUGCACACGUUCAUGGGUACCUGCACAUACACACUGGUGGAGGUUUGUAAGGCCAACAUGGUAACACCCUUUAAAGUGGUGGCUAAAAACGAGGAGCGUGGUCAGCCAGAAGCAUCCUAUGUUCGCUCUGUCAAAGUCUACCUACCUCACAACAUUGUGGUUGACCUUCAGAAGGGCCGAAGAGUUCUGUUGAAUGGCCGUCGUGUACGAACCCCACUCACCAUUGAUGUAGCUGGAGCUAAAGUGAUUACCAGCGGAUCCUAUAGUCUUCUGGAUACAAAUUUUGGUCUGCAGGUGAAGUUUGACGGAGUCCAUCACUUGGAAAUCACUGUACCUGGAGAAUACUUUGACAAGGUGUGUGGUAUGUGUGGGAACUACAAUCACAAUAACUCUGAUGAUAAUCUGAUGCCCAAUAAGAAACCAGCCAAGGAUGUGGUCGAACUGGGCAACAGCUGGAAAUCAGAGGGAGACAGUGAUCCUGGCUGUCAGCCAGACAAGCGUCCUGACAUCCACCCUAACUGCACUGCAGAGGAAGAGAAGCGUUAUGAGGCUCAGUGUGCCGAGGUCAUCCUGUCUGACCGCUUCAAGCCCUGCCACUCUCUAGUGCCCCCUGAGGCUUUCCUUGGUAACUGCAUAUAUGACAUGUGUGAGUAUGAUGGGAUGCAGUCAACUCUCUGUGAUAACGUAGAGGCCUAUGCUCAGGCCUGUCAUAGUGCUGGAGUCACCAUCAGCUGGAGGAACAACACCUUCUGCCCACUGGCCUGUCCAACUAACAGCCACUACUCAGACUGUACUCCCCCCUGCCCUCCCACCUGCUCUGACCUCUUUCCCAUAUUCUGUCAUCUUCCACCCACAACCUGUGUGGAGGGUUGCCAGUGCGAUGCUGGACAUGUCCUCAGUGAUAACAUGUGUGUUCCCCUCAAUAAAUGCGGCUGCCUGGACUUAGACGGAGAGUACCAUGAUAUGGGAGAUUCAUGGCUGACAGAUAAAUGUGCUAAGUCAUGUACUUGUAACCUUGGGGGUAAAAUCACAUGUAAUGACCACAGCUGCAACUCAAACUCAGUAUGUGCCCUGGACAAGUAUGGAGACCUCUACUGCCAACCCACCAAGUUUGACAGGUGCAGCAUCGCUGGAGACCCUCACCAUAGAACAUUUGAUGGUUUCACCCAUCACUUUCAGGGUCCUUACACCUAUGUGCUGACUCAGGGCCACAAUCUGCAGGACUCUCAGGUUCCCUUGGUAGUGAGAGGAAAGAACAUUAGGCGAGGUGGAAACAGAAGAGUGUCAUUCCUGGACCAGAUGUAUAUAGAUGUCUAUGAUGUCAAUAUUCGUUUCCUACAGAAGAAAGUUGUCCUGGUGAAUGGUGAGCGUGUGACACCUCCUCUUAGUCCCGCCAGUGGAUUAACAAUCACAAUGAACUCGAAGCAGGUCCAGCUGUCCACAGACUUUGGACUUACAGUACGCUUUGACGGCAACAGCCGUGGAGAAAUUAUACUCCCCAGCACCUAUAGAAACUCUGUCAGAGGAUUGUGUGGAAACUAUGAUGGUAUCACAAGAAACGAGUACAUGAAACCUGAUGGGACAGUGGUCAGGAACCUGAACGAGUUUGGAGAGAGCUGGAGAGUCAGUGACCGAGAAGCUGGUGGACUGAAGAUCUCUAAUGUUCCGACUAUGGUUCACGUCCACAGGCAGGAGGUGGAGACGGAUCCAGAUUCAGGAUUUGAGACAUCUGACUGCUCUGAAGCUCAGCUCAAUCAUUACAACAGUGUGGUAAAGUGUGGAGCACUGUCUGACCCUGAUGGACCAUUUGUGGCCUGCCAUGCCAUAUUACCACCCCAAACCUACCAAUAUGACUGUGUGUUUGACCUGUGUGCGGAGGAAGGCAGUGAGGAACUGCGCUGUGGCAGCUACGAUGCAUAUGCAGCAGCCUGUCAGGAGGCUGGAGUUAAACUGGGAUCCUGGAGACAGCAGUUGGACUGUGUCCUACUUUGUGGUGCCAACAGCACAUACUCCUCCUGCAUGUCACCUUGUCCAUCAUCCUGUGCUGACUUGGCAGCACCCUCUGAGUGUGACAUCACGUCCUGUGUGGAAGGUUGCCAGUGUGCUGCAGGCUUUGUCAUGAGUGAGGGAAUCUGUGUGCCAUAUCCAGAGUGUGGCUGCACCUUCCUGAACCGAUACUACUCUCUGAAUGAGAAGUUUGUAACUGAAGACUGCUCCCAGUCCUGUGAGUGUGCCAGCACUGGUGCAGUGUGCCAACCCAAGAGCUGCCAGGAAGGUUAUGUUUGCACCAUCUAUGACUUCAAACGGGACUGCUUCAGAGCAAGUCCCUGCCUCAGUUAUCCCUGUCAGAAUGGAGGAACAUGUAUGGAGAGCAGCAACAAUAUAUACACAUGUGCAUGUCCAGAAGGCUUCGAGGGUGCACUCUGUGAAGUGGAGUAUACUGAAAACCCAAAUGGAGGGCUGGAAACCAAGUGGAUAAUCCUAAUUGGAGUCUUGGUCCCGGUUGCUGUCAUCGCUAUUGUAACAACCAUUGUGUGUGUUUGCAAACGAAAAAACAAGAAAGACAAAUCUGAGGAUGGAAGCAUCAGCUUGACAUCAACAAAUGUUCCAUAUGAGCAAAUGGAUGAUGAAAAACAACAAAAACUGACGCAAAUGUGAUGACAACCUGAGUGUCGCAGUCUGUUCAGCUGUUCUUCUCCCAUCGACCUGAUACAGUUUUAACUUAUAGUAUGACGAUUCUUUUGAGAUGCUAAUGUUUUUUUAAAUGAAAUUGUCUUUUUUGUCUGUGAUUCAUGAAUAAAUAACAUAUUUGUUAAAGUACAUUCAGAAUGUUUUCUUAUAUUUUAUGCCCACAGCUCUUUCUUUGAUAUCUGCUGAUAUUCUCAGUCUGUAUCCAGAAAUGUCGGGCUCUAAAACCAAUCUCAAGGCUAUCAUGGAUGAAGGACUGUGUGACAGUGUAGUAAUAUUUGCCUUGGUGUCUCUAUCAGAACACUCAGGAUCCUCUGGUGGUCUCAACACUUCUUUAUUGAAGUCCAAUCAUAGCACAGUAUUACUAGUAAAUAUUUGUAUUCUCUGUUAUGUAUAUGUGUAUGUGAGGCUUAAAAGGAAAUAAACAGGAAGUUAAUAUGUUACAGAUUAAUCACUUCUGAAACUACUAAAUAGCUACAGAUUAUCACCAUUGAUUAUAUUCAUCCAUCAAUUGUCUAUACUCACUUAUCCUUGCAGGUCGUAGGGGCAGUCAUGUUUUUGGGCUGUUGGAGAAAGCUAGUGUACCCAGAAAUAACUCAUACAUGCAUUGGGAGAGCCCUGCGACAGACUGGCGACCUGUCCAGGGUGUACCCUGCCUCUCGCCCAGUGAAUGCUGAAAACCCCGCGACCCCAUGAGGGAAUAAGCGGGUCAGAAAAUGGAUGGAUGGAUGGAUGCAUUUGGAGAACAUAGAAACUGCAUGCAGAAGAACUCCCAGCCAGGAUCUGUACCUGAGAACCUUCUUGCUCCAAGACAAUAGAGCUACCAACUGCACCACUUUGCAUCUCCAUUAAUGAAAUAGUACAAAUAAAUUAUCUUUCUUUGUACGUCACAAAUUGUAUCAGCUUACAUAAAAGGAACAGUGUGUAACUAACUUGGCCUUUAAUUAGCAAAAAUCAAGUAUUGCUUUCAUAAAUGCAUAUUUUGGCAAAGUCUAAUAACCACAUCAAAAAUGAAAGCGUUCUUAUAACUUAGAAUUAGUUGUUUAUAAAUACAUAGGCAUCGGUGCACCCACUGAGAGGUGCCAUGUUGCUUCGCUAUUUCUGAUUUCAGUAGCCGAAAGAGGCCAAAGUUUUUAGCCAUACGCGUUUCCUAUCUGUCUUCUAUAUGAAGACAUGUUUUCGGUGGAGGAGUAGAAAACAAGCUAAGACGACCAUAGAUCAUUCUAUUGGCCAUUUUCUGUUGAAAUGGAGGACCACCCAUACUUUUUGCCGAGCGAGAGGGAAAAGAAAGUAACCAAGAAAGGAAAAAGAAGUAAUAACCAGGAGGUAAUGAGUCUUCAUUGGCUAUUAUUACCAGGUGGAGACAAUUCAUGAGGGAGCAGGGAUUUAAAACGGAUGAAGAGGUUGCAGGCCUUCUGUUGGACAGGUAAACUAAUUCAAUACAAAUGUGAAGUUAACUUUUUGGUGUUAUGUUAGAAACAGGUGUAAUGAUCAGAGGCAGGGGACCCAGA